AUGGCAAUUCCAUCACCACGGUAUUAUGCUGAUAAGGGAAUAGGAGGAAGGAUGGCAGCCACCGCUGGUGCUCACUCGUUCCGUCGCCUCACUCUUCAUAACCUGUAUAGUCAAUCUAAUACGCGCAGAAAAUCCAGUACUGCAGUCACACAAACUGUAGCAAGCCCUUCAACCCUCCCCGAGCAACCGUUUUUUCCGCUUCCGCUUUAUUACUACCGGAAGCCACCAUCUCGACCACCAUCGAGACCUCCUAGUGGACCGCCAAGUACACCAAGUCGCCUAUCUCGGCAUAAUACUGCCAGAUCCGAUGUGGGAGUUGGCCGGAUCUUUCAAGUUGUCCAAAAACCCACGCUUCGUCUGCCCUUCAGUGAUCUAGCAUUUGUUUCCACUUUGCCGGAGCACUACCUUCCCGACUUAGUGCGAGGUAAAUCAAAGGUUGAAAAGCAUUUUCAUAUAUUUAUCAAUUCUUAUAACAGAACUGAAAGAGUUCCAUUGGCUAUGAAAGUUGUUUCGUUCGUACAGAACAUCGGUCGCGUUAAAUGGGAUGAGUUCCGGAGAAAUGGCGAUGACGCUCUGGAGGAAGAUGUUUCCACAUUCAUACCAACGUGGAAGAAGGCCCUUAAGUUACUCAAGAUUCUUCUUCCUCAUGUCGGCUUGAAUAUUCUUUUGCUGUCUUACAUUGCCAUGGGAGCCAUAAUGUUCAUUUGGCUUGAAGCGGAUCAUGAACUGCAGAACCGGAAGGAGAAACUUCGAAGAAUAUAUUCUAUGUACGAUAAAAUUAUCAACGAAUCAUCAUCAAUGUGUUCAGGAACCAUGUUUAAUUCCAGUCAGGUAGAUAGUCGCUUGAGACCUCUGUUACGCAUUUUGUCACGUACGCACGAAUAUGAUGAUAAAUUUACGGAGAGUGGGCAAUUAUGGAUUGACACUGAGGCCGAGAUGACAACACGAUGGUCAUUUGCUGCUGCUGUUUUGUAUGCAUUAACUGUGAUAACCUCGACGGGUGGGUCGAGUUUC